AUGAGCCCUGUCAAAGCCGUUCAGGCUGUCAAAGACUCUGUACACAGCUAUCACAAACCGACUCUCACCGACUCAGAAAUCGAAACACUCGCGCGAGAGAAUGCUGCCAUCAGGAUCCAGCGCGCAUGGAGGGCCAAGAGGCGGAAGGCAUAUUUGGGCACAGACUUUCUGUGGACCGAUUUGAUUACCCAUGCACGUUUCCAGGUCGACAGAAAUGCUGCCCUGCAAGGCAAGAACACGGCUAAAGAGCGCUGGCGGCGAGCAAUAUUCCUUGCUAUGAGGCUACAAGACGGUAAUCGAAUACUCGCCGAUAGCGGCGUCCAAGACGACAGUGCAGCAAGGAAGUUCCUCGAAACACAGCAUUGGUUGGAGCUCAUCGACGGGAAGCAUCGCUACGGUUCAAAUCUGAAGGUCUGUCAUGGACACGAGGAGUAG